GUGAGAGAGAGUUCCCCACAGGGUCUCAACCUCAUAAAAGCUUGGGUCACAACCUGUAUGCGUGCAUUUGGCUGAGGAGAUUGGAGCCUUAUAAACCUGUAUAUCAGCUCGGUGCAUUGUGUGGCUUUCAAGGCCAGUGACAGACCCCGUGAGGUGGCAUACUUUGGAGAGAAAAUGGAAAAUUUUCGCUGGCUUUUCGGCAGGGCCUGGCGGCUUCGGGGGGACGCGAGGCUUUCCCGAGGAACGCUAAAAUGGCGGCAGGGCGACCGGGAGGGCUUGCCGUGCCCGGGGCACAGCAGGCACCCCUCCUGCACCCCGCUCCUUGUGAACAUCGUCGGAGAUACGCCUUUCGAGCCCUCCUUCCCCAUGAUCCACACGCCCUCCCGGCAUUGCAUUUCAGCUUAGCUCCUUUAUUUUGAGGCAAAAACUGAAAAUAACCCACAUUUCCUCAGAGCUUCCCGUUCCCUGCCCAUACCACCGCCAGCCGCCCCCCCGCCGCGGAUCGGGACGGGACGGGAGAGGACGGGACGGGACGAGAAGGAGGGAGAGAAAGAGGAAGGCGGCCCUUGCAGCGGCUUCCUCCCGCCCUCCCUUCCUCCGGCCGCCGCCAGGAGCCAGCCAUGGCCCCGGUGCUGGGCGGGCUCCGCGGCUCGGCGGGACCGGGGGAGCGGUGAGGGGCAGGGGGCCGCUGCUGGGGCAGGGAGCAGCCGCCUCCGGGAACGGCGCCUCCUCCUCCCCUCGGUGUUAACCCCUCCCCGGGUUAACCCAGGGGGUUAUCCAUGGGGACGGCGUCGUCGCUGGUGAGCCCGGCGGGCGGGGUCGGGGAGGUGAUCGAGGACACGUACGGCGGCGGCGAGGCCUGCGAGAUCCCGGUGGAGGUGAAGCCCAAGGCCCGGCUGCUGCGCGGCUCCCUGCGGCGCGUCGGGGCCUCGCGGCCCGGCGGCCUGAUCGGGGCCAGCUUCAAGUCGACCGCCUCGGUGCAGGAGCUGGAGUGCGUGGCCGAGUACGAGCGCCUGAAGAAGGAGUACGAGAUCUUCCGCGUUAGCAAGAACAACGAGGUGGCCUCCAUGGUGAAGAAGGAGGCCAAGCUGGACAGGGAGAACAAGCGGCUGCGCGCCGAGCUGCAGGCACUUCAGAAAACUUACCAGAAAAUACUCAGAGAGAAAGAAUGCGCGUUAGAAGCUAAAUACCAAGCCAUGGAGAGAGCUGCAACGUUUGAACAUGAUCGAGACAAGGUCAAAAGGCAGUUUAAGAUUUUCAGAGAAACUAAAGAAAAUGAGAUUCAGGACUUACUGAGGGCCAAACGAGAGCUAGAAGCAAAACUUCAGAGACUUCAGGCCCAGGGAAUCCAAGUGUUUGAUCCUGAAGAGUCUGAUUCUGAUGACAAUUGUACAGAUGUUACAGCUGCUGGGGCACAAUCUGAAUAUUGGACUGGAGGAGCCCUGGGAAGUGAGCCAUCCAUGGGUAGUAUGAUGCAGCUUCAGCAGUCUUUCAGAGGGCCUGAAUUUGCUCAUAGCUCCAUAGAUGUUGAGGGACCAUUUGCAAAUAUAAACAGAGAUGACUGGGAUGCUGCUGUCGCCAGUUUAUUGCAGGUUACUCCUCUGUUUUCUCACUCUCUGUGGAGUAACACAGUAAGAUGUUUUAUUAUUAAUACUGAUGAGACUCAACGAGAAGUGGAGAUCUUCAUUCAAAACUACUCACCAAAACUUCAAAGAAUCUGUGAGACAAUGGGCUACUUCUUUCAAGUUGUUCAUUUUCCAGCAGAAAAUGAAAAUCAUUUUAAGGAUGUAAGAAAAUGGGAAAUUGAAAAAAGUUCAUUAGUCAUUUUGCUCCUACAUCUAACUUUGCCAAGGUAAGUAUUUUCCAGACUGGUAAAGUAAAUGGAAACUGGUAAUUUAUGCAGAGCGCAUAGCUUAUUAGAAUGUAUGAGAUCCCUUUCUCAGUACAUUUCCAAAGAUGAUAUCUUCUAAGUGGUACUCCUUCAAACUUCAAGUUUACUAGUGCACCCAGUUAAAAGAAUGUAUCAGUUUUGGUCAUUUACUUUUUCCUGUAUCUUUAGAUUCUGUUAAAAUUCAGCAUGAAAGAUGCCUUCAUAAUAAGGAAAUGCUUUGCUUUCCAAGAUCAGCUCUCUGCUGUUCCGCUGGUCCCUCACAUGGCUGGCAUGAAUGUCUUCAGUGUUUUUCAUUUACUUAUCUAUCCUUACAUGUGCCUUGAUUUUACUCUGUCACACAUUAUUUUCUAUCUCUGUCACCUUUUUGGACUAAUUUCAUGGCUCCUCUUUGUGGUACCUUAUGCUAGCUUUCUACAAUUUAAUUUACUAAACUCAUAAUGUUUUAAGACACACGAUGAUGCAAUGUUUUCUAUUUGUUCGGUAAGUUAUGGCCUAACCUUCUAGAAGAAGACACUUAAAUUUCUAAAUGCAAAACACUGAACUGAAGAUAUUUUUAGAAUUGUGUUUCUAUGGUGUAUUAGGGAAUUUUGGGCAGAGAGUUUUAUUUCGAUGGUUUUGGGGGAAGUAGGGAUAAAUUUUGCUGAAAAAAGAGAUUAGAAAACAUAAAAAUUAAGGAUUGUGGAGUGGUCAUUCCAAAACAUCUGUAUGAAAGUAUAAAUCUGAAAAUACUGGUAUGCUCUAAGUUUCAUAUUUGGGCUAGAUUUUGAACUCUGGGGAUUUCAAAGCUGUUGCUUUAUUAGAGUAUUAACUAGACCUACUGUUUCUGUAAGUAAAACAUGUUUCCCCAGAGAACUAAAGGCUGGCUUAAACACUAGUAGACAAGAUUUAUAGCAGUGGAGUGC